AUGACGAGCCUGUGCAAGGCAUGCAAAGUUCUCAGCUUCAACGACAGCCAUCAAGGAGGCUACGAGCAUGAGGACUCUUUUGGUAACAAAGUCUUGCGUCAUGCAUGGAAGUCUCAGCGGAUGUUCUUCUCUUUUGACGUUCAACUGGACUACGAACAUCAUGACCAGCUCCCGGACAUGCCACGAAUGGCCGCUUCUGCUGAAGCCGGAUGCCGAAUGUGCGGUCUUUUGAGAGCAGCAAUACUGGAAGAUCUUCGCAUUCGCGCCGAAUGGGAGCCCAUCACAGGGAGUGGGUGCAGCUUGAUUAUUAAAGAGCUGUCAUAUGAGUUCACAGAGAGUUUCAGGCUUCAUGAUGAUGUCGAUGAGCAUGAUUUGACGGAGCCAAAUCCUGGACGACUCGUAGAUGAUUGUACCGAGCAUCUGGUAGCUCUGUUCGCAGGCUUAAGAAUAUUUGCACCCAAUCAAUCCGAGCAUCGCCAUACGGUUAUUUUUAGAUCCGAAGCACUGUCCGGUAGCUGUGCCAGCUGGCUCAAUCUUCGCCCGACUCCUUGGCCAGAUGCUCUCUGUCCAGAGAAUAUUUCAAUGAUGAAAAGAGAGAUCAGCCAUUGUGUCAAGAAAUGUUCCCAUUCUAACAAUGGCGGCUUCAUACCAACCAGACUUGUUGACUUGAGGGUUCCAGAUGCUCCCUGCUUGAUUGAGAUGGGACGUCACAAUUCACGAAAGGACCUGCUUUGCGAAGACAUACGGUAUGCUGCGCUGAGUUAUUGCUGGGGUCCCCCAUUGGAAGCCAUUUCAAUGUUGAAGACAGAGAGAAAGUCGCUGCGAAACAGAAUUGCUGGAUUUGCACUGGUUGAAAUGCCACGCGUUUUCCAAGAUGCUAUUUCAGUGUGUCACAAGCUCUCUAUUCAUUUCUUGUGGAUAGAUGCACUCUGUAUUGUUCAGGAUGAUGAGAAGGAUUGGGAACAAGAAGCGCCUCUGAUGGGCGACGUUUAUGAAAGUGCUUUAGUGACAAUCAUUCCAGUCGCAGCUCACACGUGUCAUGACGGAUUUCUAAGUCGUCCUUACGAAAACGUUGUUAAGAUCCCUUUCCAAUCUACGAUACAGCCAGUGAUCCACGGCACCUUUGUCUUGCGACAUAUUCCACAAAGCGCUCAUAAUCACGGUAAUUUGUCCAUAGUUCAUGGUGUGCAAUAUAUGGAGAUCAUGAGGUCGACAUGGAACCAGCGAGGGUGGACCUGUCAAGAAGAAGCUAUGAGCUCUCGGUGUCUGUUUUUCGGACAGUCAUCGGUCUUCUAUCGCUGCGUCAGAUGGACAAGAUCGGAGAACGAUCCUCGUCGAUAUCGUUUGUCCGGCUCCUCAUUCCAGAAGAAUUUGAUCAUUGAAGGGACUGUUCUCGAGGAUUGGAGGUCCAUGGUGCAGCGGUAUUCAUCUCGGCGACUUACCUGCCCAACGGAUAAGCUGCCUGCUAUAUCAGGGCUGGCCCAACGAGUCUGUGAAGUGACAAAAGAUGAAUACAUUGCUGGGAUUUGGCGCAGCGAGUUGCACCGAUUUUUGUUGUGGAAUACCAGACCAAAAGGCUUUUGGGACAAUCUCCUCUCCAGUCUUAGAUCACCGCAUCCGUAUAUCGCUCCAUCAUGGAGCUGGGCAAGUCGAACGGAAUUCGUAGCUUUCCGUUGUGUAGGUCAAUUUGAUCUGCCAGCUUUUGAAGCGAAACUGGUGGAGGAACUCGAGGUACUCAAUGUAAUAACCAUUGUCCUAGGUCAUAAUCCCUUUGGAGAGGUCAGCAACGCCAUUCUAUCCAUAUCCGGGAGACUUGCACCCAUUUCUGCAGUAUCAGGUGCAAUUCAAAGAUCCAUCGACGGGGGAAGGAGAAUAGUAGACGGCUCAGAUGUCCUUGGGGUUAUGGACCUAGAUUGGAUCCUCGAGUUCGCGUUAGGGACCUGCAGGUUACUGAAACCUUCUAGCUCUGACUUGUUUAUGUUAUUGGUGGCAAGCUGGUGGUCGUGGAAAGAGGAGAGCGACACUCCUCGGUCCCCGUCUGAAGAUUCUGUUAGUAACAAUUGUGCUGCCGGCCUCAUCCUCUUACCGACCGGUGGCAACGAUAACGAGUAUUAUCGUGCAGGGAUUUUCUACCUCGGUCAAGGUGGAGAGUUUUCGUCGGAGCUACCUUGGGAGAACAGGUUGUUCAAAGAUCGGGAGGCGCAAACCAUUCAUCUCGUGUGA